AUUGAAAAUGUCAGUUUUAGGCCGGCUGUGUUUGAAGUUGGCUAAACCAAUUCAGAUAAAACCCUGUGAUCUUCUUCAAACCAGGUGUUUCAGAACAAAGAGAAAACCCGGAGAAAAAGAUCUAGGUUCCCAACCAGUAAUAGAGGAUGGAAACCUUCCUGCUGUUGGGUUUAAGGCUCUAGGAAGACCUGUGGUAUUCAGCGCUGUUUUCUGUGGAGGUACACUGGCUGGCUGUGCAAUAUGGCAGUACGAAAAUAUGAGAGAGGCUGCUAAACGAUCUAGAAUAUUGGGUUGGAGAAAUGAAUUGUUGGGCAGGAAAGCUGGCAGUCUUAGGGAGGAAUUCCGACAAUGGUGGAAAAGUUUACCUCAUGCGGACAAACUUUUUAUACCUAUUUGUGCCUUAAACUGCCUUGUAUUUGCUGCGUGGAGGAUACCUAAUCUUCAGGUAACCAUGUUAAAAUGGUUUGCUUCGAACCCUGCAGGAAAAGCUACUUGUCUACCAAUGCUUCUCUCAGCUUUCUCACACUAUUCAAUCUUCCAUUUAGGAUUUAAUAUGUUUGUUCUGCACAGCUUCAUGGGACCAGCUGUUAAACUUCUUGGACAGGAACAGUUUAUGGCGGUUUAUCUUAGCUCAGGUGUUCUCACAUCUUUGGCCAGCUAUGUUCAUAAAAUUGGAAUUGGAAGAAUGGGAUAUAGUCUUGGUGCCAGUGGAGCUAUUUAUACUGUUCUAGGUAUAUUUGGAACCUUGGUUCCGGACGCACAGCUUCACAUGAUUUUACUUCCAAUGUUUACAUUUUCCGCCUCUACAGCUAUAAAGGGCUUGAUGUGUAUGGAUGCAGUAGGAUUGGUGAUGGGAUGGAGAGUUCUAGAUCAUUCUGCUCACUUGGCAGGAAUUCUUUACGGAAUUUUCUGGGUCCAUAUGGGUAGUAGACUGUUAUGGGACUCUAGAGAACCUGUUGUGCAGGCCUGGCAUUCAAUCAGAUCACAGAGAUGAGGGGGGUUGGAUAUAAUACAGUAUAUGAGAAGAAAAAAACGGUGUUUAAGUCUGGCAUUCAUUCAGAACACGGAUAUAAUGAAUUUUUUAGCUUGUUAAGUAUCAGAAUAAAUCACUUACUUAAUUUU